UUCUGAACCAGCUUUGCCACAACACCACACCACACCGUGUCGUUCUACAUCGCGACAUGCCAACCCCAGUAUUUUCUCACCGUGACUCACUAAAUGCGUGUGCUCACAAUGUUGUCCUCCUUUGUGCUCGUCCUUGUUUGGAUCUGUUUGCGCAAUGUGCAGCGACUUCACUUUCGGCCACAACGCAUCUUCCAUUGUUCGAUAUAGGUGUCCACCUUAAUUGUAGCUAAGGAGAAUCUCUCCGAUCCUCUUAUACCAUCUCAUUCCAUACACCGAGCUGCUCUCAACCAGUUGCUCACUCUCACAACAUGCCGCCGUCACCGAUGUCGCGAUACACCACACGCAGCCUUGAUGCAGAAAACUUUACAGAUGCAGCCGCUCCAGGGCAGGUUACAACGCUACAAACAUCUCCGCACAUCCGCUCCAGUGAUUUGGCCUUACCGAUCGUUGUACCCAUCGUUGUUGCGAUCGUGCUCAUCGUGGCCGUACUCCUGAUGCCAAAGGGUUUCUUCUUAAACCUGGUUUCUAAGAAGAAGCGCAAAGACACUGCCAGUACGCGAUCCUGGUUUGGCAGCACAAAAUCAAACGAGAAGCCAUCACAAGUCGAGCCCCAGCCAGCAUUUAUCGAGUCCCACAUCGGGAUGCUGCGUGCCUGGCAGAAGCCGACCGAACCGCAACCCCCGUUACCGCUUUACUCGGCAAAGUCAGAAUAUCCUAUUCGAACACCUCGUAUGACAUUCCAGGUCUGGCAAGAACGCCAGCGUAGCGCCGUGGUGAGACCCAAUCCUAUGCACGACUUCAGACCGACGGGCACUGGCAUCAGGGGUCCAGAAUACUGGAAGAGGGUCACAGACGAGAUGGAAGCACGCAAGUCAUGGUGGGAGAAGGCCAAGGAUAAGUUGCGAAUCUGAUAAAACUUUACCACAUGUCGUCCCACAGCUUGUUGACACUUUCUUGAUCUUUAUCGUUUGGCGAGUGCGAGUGCGAAUGCGAACGAG